UCCCUCCUUCCUUCCUUCCUUCGCGUGGGUAUGGGUGUAUUUAAAAAGGAGGUUCUUGGUGGCUGCUUUUCGCAGAAUCCUGUUUCUCCGCAGUGAAGUUUAAGUGGGAUUGGAGUUUCUUUGACUUCCGCGUGAGGAGUUUCCAAGUGGCAAUGAAAGCGUCACAUAAAUAUCCAUGAAGUUCCUAAUGACACCUCUGUCAUCACUUGUUUCCCGCAGGAUCCUAAGCCAGGGUAGUCAUCCACCACCCUCCCUGAGUAUCGACUAACCGGUUCAUGUGUGUAUUUGUACUUUCCAGAUUGAGCUGUGUACAAAACAUCCUCCUCUUCCUUCCCCAUUCACUCUACUUGGGAGGGCGUGCGUAUGCGUGUGCGCGCCUAUGUGCGCGUGUAUGUGCGUGUGUGCGCGAGUGUAUGUAUGUUUAGCAAAGCGCUUGAAAGAAGCUACCCGUCUUGUAACCCGCCCCCAGCUCUAACCGAAGCAUCUCUUGAGCAGGACGCUUCUCUAAUCUGUCCCCAGUUGAGAUGCCCUCUCCGCGCUGAUGCGGGCAAUCUCGGCGCUCCCCUGGCCAGGAGAGCUGAUGCCUUGGUGUCCAGGGAGGGGGACCUGACUUCCUCCUAGCACGCUGCGCUCUCCCUAGGGUGUUGAGCGCUGGUGCGUGCGAGUGUGUGUGUGAGUGUGUGCACGACGGUGAGCUUGUGAGCUUCCUCUCUCGGCUCCAGCGCAGGCAGCGCCGGCAACGUUACUCUCCAAGCAGCCGCCAGCAAAGCAAGGCAACGGCAGCCUCCGCCUCCUCAGUCCGGUGAUUGGCUGGUUUUGCUCAUCAUUUCCCUGCUAGAAAAAGGGAAGGGCCAGUGACGCCCCCAACCCAGCUGCAGAAGCGGCCGCCACCUCCAAGGCACAAGGUGUCUCAUCUGCAAAGAAACCUGAGCCCCAGGGAGGCGGCGCGGAGUGUCCGGGCAGAGCUGGCGCGAAAGGCGAGGGAGAGGGCAGGGCAGCGCUGGAGGACCAGCGCGAGCUCGGCCGCAGAGGACCCUUGCGACCUGCUCCUGAGAUCCCGGCUUCACGCUCUCCUCGCAUUUUACAGAAUCCUCCCGUCGACUGUAUCUCCUCAAAACGGAGCCUCACCAAGAGAAGGUGAGGGAGCAGGGGCAACCAGGACUUUUCCGGGCACCCAAGAUGCGCUCCAUUAGGAAGAGGUGGACAAUCUGCACGAUAAGUCUGCUCCUGAUCUUUUAUAAGACAAAAGAAAUAGCAAGAACUGAGGAGCACCAGGAGACGCAACUCAUCGGAGAUGGUGAACUGUGUUUGAGUCGGUCGCUUGUCAAUAGUUCUGAUAAAAUCAUUCGAAAGGCUGGCUCAUCAAUCUUCCAGCACUCUCUAGAAGGUUGGAAAAUCAAUUCCUCUUUGGUCCUGGAAAUAAGGAAGAACAUUCUUCGUUUCCUAGAUGCAGAACGAGAUGUCUCAGUGGUCAAGAGCAGUUUUAAGCCUGGUGAUGUCAUACACUAUGUGCUCGACAGGCGCCGGACACUGAACAUUUCCCAGGAUCUGCAUAGCCUCCUACCUGAAGUUUCACCCAUGAAAAACCGGAGAUUUAAGACCUGUGCAGUGGUUGGAAAUUCUGGCAUUCUGCUAGAUAGUGAAUGUGGAAAGGAGAUCGACAGUCACAAUUUUGUAAUAAGGUGUAAUCUAGCCCCUGUGGUGGAGUUUGCUGCAGAUGUGGGAACUAAAUCAGAUUUUAUUACCAUGAAUCCAUCAGUGGUACAAAGAGCAUUUGGAGGCUUUCGGAAUGAGAGUGACAGAGAAAAAUUUGUGCAUAGACUUUCCAUGCUGAAUGACAGUGUCCUUUGGAUCCCUGCUUUCAUGGUCAAAGGAGGAGAGAAGCACGUGGAGUGGGUUAAUGCGUUAAUCCUUAAGAAUAAACUGAAAGUGCGAACUGCCUAUCCAUCAUUGAGACUUAUUCAUGCUGUCAGAGGGUACUGGCUGACAAACAAAGUUCCCAUCAAAAGACCCAGCACAGGUCUCCUCAUGUAUACACUCGCCACAAGAUUCUGUGACGAAAUUCACCUUUAUGGAUUCUGGCCAUUCCCUAAGGAUUUGAAUGGAAAAGCCGUCAAAUAUCAUUACUAUGAUGACUUAAAAUAUAGGUACUUUUCCAAUGCAAGUCCUCACAGAAUGCCACUAGAAUUCAAAACAUUAAAUGUGCUACAUAAUAGAGGAGCUCUGAAACUGACAACAGGAAAGUGUGUAAAGCAGUAAAGCACAUUGGAAACCAUACAAACAAACUGAAUAUGCACUUCUUUUCUGAAGAUGCUUCCUAAGAUUUGAAAAUAGGAUCCAAAACAAGACUCGGUUUCAACAUCCACGAAUUAUCUGAAAGGUGAUAAAGGACGUUCAUGACAAAUCCACUACCAGCUGAUGAAAUACCUGCAAAGUGCUCUAAAAAUCAAAUAUUUUGACUUCAAGGGUCCUAGUAAGUGCCACUUCCACUGAGAACACAGUUUGAAUGUAUAAUCAGUAGUGUUUACAAGAUCCAACAAUGCACUCGCCAUUAGUUAACGAAGCAAAUGUGUUCAUCACUGUUGGGCUGCCACUGCAACGCCAAGCACAUUAGAAGAGGAACCCAGGAACACAACUCAGCCCUUGGGGAAAUCAAACCAUCCUUGUCCACAGAAAUCAAGAUGGAAAUAAGUUUGAGCAGUGAAAUUCAUAAGAUUGAACAACUCAAGUAAAUGCCUUCAGUCAGGACUCUUGAGUCUGAUCAUGAAUUUUAUGUUUUGCUUUCUAUUUUUGUUUGUCUUCUGGAAUCUCUUUUGGUUUGGGUAUUGGGCUGCUUAGAAAUCCUUUCUGAGAUAAAUAUGAAUGAGAUAACCUUCAAGUAAUCAUUUUUAAAGUUCUUAUAUUUUUUAAGGUGCAAUCACACACAAUGACUUUGUAAAAAAAGUUUUGUUUUGCACGGCUGUAAACCUCCAGAUUUUUUUCCAAUGGUGUAGAAGGUACCAGCUAAACCAUACCAUUCAGUAAUCUUGAACCCUUCUAAAGGAAAGAUGUUCUAUGUCCUCUGAGAUGGUAAAGUGCGCAGAAAAAAAUGUGCUUUUGGUACCAAAGAUUAUACUACACAACAAACCAUUCUCCUUUCAUAAAAAGAAUAUAUUAAUAUGUUAUUAUGUUACUAAUGUAAAAGCUGUCUCUAGAUAUCUUAAAUUUUCCAAACUCAAACUUUAUUUUUAUUUGAAGGAAGACUUCCCCAGCUUUUACACUUCAUGAUAAUUUAGUGGAACCAUUUUUCCCCUUAGAAUAAAUGUUUGACUCAUAGGGCUGAAAUGUGACUGCCAGUUCUUUGAUAUCCCCCUUUAUUCAAAUGAAAAUAUCGGCAUGCUCUUUAUAUUAUUGUUGUUGUCUUAGUGCAGAAAUAACAAGAUGAAGAGAGUAUUGUUUCUAUAACAGAGAUGAUCAAUUUUAAGAGGUUUAACAAUGAAAUUGUGUGUCAAUACUUUGCACUUCAAAUGGAUUAAAUUGAUCAAUAUUUUUUCUGUGGUUAAAUUUAUUCACAUUAUCACGUGAAUGUGUUUUCAAAGAAGCACAUGGAAUUAUUAAUAAAAUGAUUUUAAAAUUUUAACAAGUAACAGAAUUGACUAAUAAGCCAGUUUUCUGGUAACUUGUACUACACUGGUAGGUAAUUCUGACGGUAAAUUGUUUCUUUAGAAAGCAGAAGCACUGUGUUCCCACUUCUACUCUUGGCCUGAAACCGCUUAGGUGACUUCUUGUUUCUUAGGGAAGGCAGUCUGAGGAAAGAAGAAAUGGCAUGGGGAGUAUGUACAUUUUGUUUCUUAGGAAAGACAGUCUGAAAAAAGAAUAAAUAGCAUGGAGUAUAUACAUAUUAUCAUGGAAAAGGAUAUUCACAGUAGUGCAGUUCUCAGUAUAUUAAUAAUAUUUGGCAUUAUUUUUAAAAAUACAGUAGAACCUUGGGAUACAGACGACUAUAUUUUCUUAUAAUUCAUGUGUCUCUAAGAAAACAAAAUAGAAUGCAUAAAGGAGAUCCCUAGCUAAGAAUAAAUAGAACAUGAUGAACUUUUAUCAUUAACCUCUUAUCUAUUGGAAAUUUUCAAAGAAUUAGGUACAUGUUUUGAAUGUAAAGUUGAAAAGUCUGAUUUACUUAACAAAUCAAAAGUAGGUGAUUUAUAGAAUCUUAAAUUCAACUACUUGCAGAUCAGUUGUUUGAAGAGUCUUUCAUUUGAAUUCAAUAGAUAUUUUGAAGUCACAAGUAAAUUCUUUUAGGUAAAAUCCAUCUCAGAAUUCAUUCAAACUAUGUCUUAAAAAGCAGCAGCAAGGUACCUUGACAUUUUUACUGCAUUUUCAACAAAUGCAUUUAAACAAUUUUAAGGCCACAGCAAAAGCAUCACUGCCAUUCACUGUUCCGUGCGUUGAUGUCUAUCUCGUAGAUGCAUUGAGUAGUGCCUUUUUAGCUUCCCAUUGCUUUGUUACCCAAUGCUUUGUGUUUUCUAAAUACGUUGCCCAGUUCUGAAAAUGUUCAGCAUAUAAAAAGGGCUUCAGUAUCGACUGAGACUACUUUUGUUCAUCUCAGGGAACUUUCAAUACUCAAGACUGAAUUCAAUUAAAGGCAUUUAGCGUUCAAAGAAGACACACUGUACAAGACCAUUUCAUUCCCUGCAGUAUACCUUCCCAUCCACACUCCCCCUUCACAAUCCGCUGUGGUCUUCUGACAAAGCUAGCGCAAGGAGGUCAGCAAAGGCUAACAGCAGAAUGAGAAAAAGAAUUGAGAUUUAACCAAUAAAGGUGCAAAGAGAUCAUGAUAAAAUCAAAUUAUAAAUACAUACUUGAAAUAUCUGGAGUGUUUUCUUUUGAGACUAUCAUAUGUUCAGAGCUUUAAUUUUUUAUUUCUUUUUCACCAUUUAACCCUGUACCUGGCAAUGCUCAGGCAGCUGGUUGUGAAAUAUUCCUGUCCUUUAGAGAACAUGUUUGCUACUGUGCUGUUGACAUGAAUAGGCCAUGGAAACGUUUUCAUCAUUAUUACCCAGCCUGUUCCAUGCUUAAUAUUAAGUUGCCGGAAUAAAAAAAUGAAUCAGUAACAGAUUUUUCUGGGCAAAUCUGAUGAUUCAGCCCACAGGACUGAUGAAAUUACUGUGGAAGUUUUUCUAUCUGAAAGAAAGUGCUGGGCAUUCAAAUGUCUUUAUGCAUUGUAUAUCAUAUGAAAUGUAUAUCAAUUGCUAAUGGGAAUUUCUACAUAUAUGCUUACAGAAGCAAUUUAUUUAAAUAAUGCUAUGGGUAGUGUACAUACCAACUAGUUAUUAAGCUACUACACAGGAAAAGGGUGAACAAAGUAAUUUAUUUCUAAUUGAGCCAGUUAGUCAUAAUGCACACAAUGUGGUAUUUGGUUCAUAAAGGAGUUGUUUUCGUGUGGUUGUUGUUGGGAGUAUCUAUAAUUGUGGAAGGGUGUAGGAGGAGUGAUGUACAGUUAGCUGUUUCCUCUACAAGUUUGAAAGUUUCCCCAUGAGACAUUAUCAAUAUACCAAUGUUUAAAAAUUGAGUGAAAGAGGGUUAUUGUUCAUAUUUGAUGAAAGGAAAUCCAAAUAAAGCCCACCUAGAAAUAGAUAUUUUAUUAUAUAUGUGCUAUAGAUAUACCUAUAUAGUACAAAUAGACGUGUGUGAUGCAUAUAUAUAAUGUUAUAUAUGUGUAUCUGUGUGUAUACACACUGAGUCUGUAAUAUACACACGCUAGAUUUGUGUGACGCCAACAUCUUCAGGGGCUGCUGUCUGAAGCGCUCUGGAGAGAAGACCACUUUAGAAUAAAGUUCUUUUGAGACUUCAGUUACUAACCUGCUUUAAGAGAGAUCUGCUUUAUAACCGAAUUGUAUGUUGUUCAUACCUAGAGUUACAAUAAGGGUCUAGUUUGUCCAAAUCUUAAAAAAAAAAGAAAAUUUUUUUAAAAAAAGUCUUCAAGCUGGCAAUGUAUUUGAAUUAGUUUUCAGAUUGUGGCUCCAGGCCCUGUGUCUCCCAUUGAAGUAGCACCUUUCAAUAAAUACUGUUUCUUUGUGUAGGCAAAAGCACAAGUGUUUCAAAUGUAUAUAGCAGGAAAAAAAAAAGUUUACAGAGCUAGCGCUGCUGCACAGAAUAAUUGCUACUGAGUAUUUCUUAUAUCAUUUGUGGAAUUGAAAACUGAGGUUUAUUCUGUCAAGUUCAUGCUGUCCAACACUGUUCCCCUAUUGUUUAUGUAUAGCAAUUGGGUGUUGCUGUUUUAUCAUUUGUAAAAUAAAUUAAAUCUCUGUUUUUUUUUCAA